GGGACACUGUGUGAGGGUGAGAGUCCUCCGGUCCGCGGCUGCGGCCUCUUACACACCUACGGCGGCCACAUCUGCGCGCACAGCCACCAAUGCGCGUCCAGUGACCGGGACAGCGAGGCCCGCGCGGUGCGUGGGCGGCGGCAGACGCCUGGCCACCGUGACCCCGAUUGUGGAUUUACCGCUCGGGGGGUGGGGGGAGCCUGGAUUUAACUGGCGACUAUUUUGGGGGACGCCGGACGCCAUGUUGUGGAAAAUAACAGAUAAUGUCAAGUAUGAAGAGGAUUGCGAGGAUCGCCAUGACGCCGGCAGUAAUGGGAACCCUCGCAUCCCCCACCUCUCUUCUGCUGGGCAACAUCUCUACAGCCCCGCUCCGCCUCUCUCGCACACCGGGGUUGCCGAGUACCAGCCGCCGCCGUACUUCCCGCCUCCCUACCAGCAGCUGGCAUACUCGCAGUCCGCCGACCCUUACUCGCACCUGGGAGAGGCUUACGCCGCCGCCGUCAACCCCCUGCACCAGCCUACUCCCACCGGCAGCCAGCAGCAGGCCUGGCCGGGUCGACAGAGCCAGGAGGGCGCUAGCCUCGCCUCGCACCACGGGCGCCCUGCAGGCCUGCUACCCCACAUUUCAGGGCUGGAGGGGGGCUCGGUGAGCGCCCGGCGGGAAGCCUACCGCCGAUCUGACCUGCUGCUGCCCCAUGCCCACGCCCUGGAAGCCGCUGGUUUGGCGGAGAACCUGGGGCUGCACGAGAUGGCUCACCCCAUUGAGGAGGUGCAGAAUGUGGACGAUCCGCACCUGCUUCUUCAUGAUCAGACUGUCAUUCGCAAAGGACCCAUUUCAAUGACCAAGAACCCUUUGGGGCUCCCCUGCCAGAAGGACCUGGUGGGAGCAGUCAUGAACCCCAGCGAGGUGUUCUGCUCUGUCCCCGGAAGACUGUCCCUGCUCAGCUCCACAUCUAAGUACAAAGUGACUGUGGCCGAGGUGCAGAGGCGACUGUCACCACCAGAAUGCCUAAACGCCUCGCUCCUGGGAGGCGUGCUCAGAAGAGCAAAAUCCAAAAAUGGAGGCCGGUCCCUGCGGGAAAAGUUGGAUAAAAUUGGGUUGAACCUUCCAGCUGGGAGAAGGAAAGCUGCCCACGUCACCCUGCUCACGUCUCUCGUGGAAGGCGAAGCCGUCCAUUUGGCUCGGGACUUUGCCUAUGUCUGCGAAGCUGAGUUUCCCAGUAAAGCAGUGGCUGACUAUUUAACCAGACCGCAUCUUGGGGGACGGAAUGAGAUGGCCACGAGGAAGAGUAUGUUGUUGGCAGCACAGCAGGUGUGCAAAGAAUUCACAGACCUUCUCCAUCAGGACCGAACACCCAACGGGAACAACAGGCCCGCCCCGGUCUUGGAGACGAACAUACAGAACUGCUUGUCUCAUUUCAGCCUGAUAACUCAUGGCUUUGGCAGCCAGGCCAUCUGCGCCGCCGUGUCUGCAGUGCAGAAUUAUAUCAAGGAGGCUCUCAUCACCCUCGACAAGUCCUACAUGAACCCAGGGGACCAGAGUCCAGCUGAUUCCAACAAAACGAUGGAGAAAAUGGAAAAGCAGCGGAAGUAAAGCUGUUGUGUGGAGGCCAGAGAGUGAAAGAAGAGGACUGGAGCCCCUUUCGCCGGGGCCGCCUGGGAAGCAUCCGGACGGGGCAAGCAAUUACCAUCCACCUCACUCUUGGAGUCUGCCCUCUUGGAGUCUUGUGACUUUUCUACUUAACCCUGGACAUGCUUUCCUGAAGCGAUUUGGUUUGAUUCUUUUACUCAUUAAACAUUUAUAUAUUUUUUUGGAAAUCCAGUCCCUCUCUGAAAGGUGCUAUGAGUUUUAGAACUCUUCUGUGAAAGCUUCCUGGGCCAACAAGAAACUCCGUGCUUAGCUGCUGACACAGCAGAUGGGAGUACGAUAAAGGGAUUGAUGGUUCAUAACUUAUUUUUUCUUCAGUGUUAAGAUAAUGGCUGGCUUUUAUGUCCACGAAAAUAUUUAUCUAAAAUAAAAAAAAAAAAUAGUAUUUAUCUAGCUUUCCCCACCCCCUCAGCCAUCACACCUUCUGGUAGGAGCCAAAGGUCAGACGUUCUUAGCAGCUAUUCGGUGGUAUGUGACAGGUUUGUAGCCCCUGCUCAAAAAGGGCUCUCCUAUUUUAAAAAAGAAAGCAAAGCCCGCUGGUUGUUUCAUGUUUCCUUCCUCUUUAUUAAAAAAAAAAAAUAUAUUGAAAGUUUAAAAUUCUAUAAAUAGUAGAAUUUUUUUUAAAUGACCUGUUCCUUUAAGGUAUAGAAGCUUUAUUUGCAUAUUUAUUUCAUAUCUUGAUAUUUUUUUUUUUUCCACAUAAACUUGAAGAGGGUAGGCACACAGCGGCGCCUGUCAUCCCCAAGUCCCCGAGGAAGCUCUGUGUUGAAAAACUGUUGAGUGUACAGAUUUUAUUUAUGCAUAAUUUAACGGGAUCUGUAAAUACUUCUUAUGACUUUUUGAGAAAUGGGAUUCGAUUUUAAUAUUAACUUUUAAUGGUGAUGGGUACCAUAGCCCCUCCCUCUAGAUUUUAUGCAUAUGCACACAGGGUAUUGAGACUGAAGAUGAAGCUGGGCUUUGCUCUUGGCUGGUCAGGCAUUAUUUAAUUGGAGCUGUCUAGAAAGCAAUAUACGUCUCGUUCCUGCGGGCUGAACCAGAAGGUCUAGAGUAUAGUUUGUGUGGGUGAAGUGUGGACUGGGAUUGAACCUCUAUGCCUGUAAGUGCUACCUAAAUAAUUGUUGUGUGUAUGAUACCUGUAAAAUAAAAAUAUUCUCGAUAGAAUCU